AUGUAUCGAUAUUUCACUCACAACCGAACCCAUCAGUACUUAGAUGUUCUACAGGAUAUCGUCCAAAAUUACAAUGCCAGGCCCCACAGUGCUCUAGAUGGUAAAUCACCGGAUGCUAUUGAGAAGUCCAAUGAAGCAUUGGUGUGGAAACAUUUGUAUGUUGAUUCGAAGAAACCUAGGAUAGUUAAGAAAAAGAAAAGCUCAAAACCUUUCAAGUUUAAAGUUGGUGAUGUAGUAAGAAUAUCGGCCAACAGACGCACAUUCCAACGUGAUUUUGAGCAAAAAUGGACAGAAGAGGUUUUCACCAUCAAGACGAGGUACCUUCGUCAAGGUAUACCUAUCUAUAAAAUCAUUGACUACGACGGAGAUUCGAUAGCUGGGACUUUUUAUAACAGCGAACUACAAAAGGUCAACAAAGGGAGGGAUGACUUGUUCAAGGUGGAAAGGGUGUUAAAACGACGAAAGAGAAACGGAAUUCAGGAAGUAUACGUAAAAUGGCUUGGUUAUCCAAAGAAAUUUAAUAGUUGGAUCAAAGAGAGCGACGUCCAAAACCUAUAA